AUGUACGCUGAGAUGCAACAGGAAAAAAAGUGGACGCUUUCCACCGGAAAUAUAGUGGAAAAUUCAUUGUAUUUCUUGGAUUUAAUUGUUGAAAAAGUCUUCACUAAAAACGAAUUACAAGAGAUCCGCAGUUUUCAGACAAAGCAAAUGCCAUUGAUGCCUUCCGAAUUAUUAAAAUAUCUCAACAAAUUCUCAUUUUAUAGAUUACAAGAGUAUGAAUCAAAUACCUUGUCAUCAAAUCAUUUAGAACUUUGGUAUCUUGUCCACGUUUGGAGUUUUAUUGAUAAAGUGUUUAAUGAUAUUGAGGAAUUGGAAAUAGUAAGCUUGUCAUCUUCUAGAAAAAAUCGUGACAGGGCUGUGUCCGCUGUAAUAGAUAUGAAAAGGAAAAUGAUUGGGCGAAGGGGUGAUAUGAUAAUCCAAGCAGGUCGACAGUUUGAGGGACAGAAUGGAACAAAGCUAUUGUUGGAAAGAGGUUUAAAAAUGCCUAAAGUUAUGAAGGACAUGUUCAAUCAAUUAUGCAAUACUUUCGAUCAUGAUGAACGCAAAACCCAUUCACCAGCAGGUUAUGUAUGUCGUAUAUCACGAACAAAAUCUCACUUUAUCGCAUCGAAUAUUAAAGAAUUCGGGCAAAAAACGCUUCCUGUAAUUGUGAUGGCUUGGAAAGCCAAGGACUCCUGUAAUACGACUCCACCUCCUUCACAAAAACGAGAAAUGAUAAAAUUACCAUCAUGUUCAGACACUCCAAAAUCAUCAAAGGAAGUUAGAGAGAUUCCAC